AAUAAGAUAUUCAGAUAUCGCGGAGUGACAGCAUCCGUUUAUUUGAACUAGAAUUAAAUUUAUGCGAAAAAUGGCAGCGUUAGGCAAAUUUUCAAGAUUCGCAGCAGUUGCCUCGGCAGCGGUAACUUUUUCAGGAGCUUAUAUCUUGUUUAACGGGACCAGAAAUCCCGCACGUGCCAGUGGAGGGGGAACGCAAUAUAGCCCUCCUAACGAAUACGAACACCGCCUUCUUUACAAACCGACGGGUUUUCGAUGGGAUUCCAACUGGGACAUGUGCGAGAAAGGCACAAAGAGGCCUAAGAAGAGAGAUGACGGUAGCAUCGACGAGGAAUCUAAAGAGCUCAAGCCCACAGCUGUACGCCAUCUUGUCUUCAUAAGGCACGGGCAGUAUCACGAGGACGCCAAGAAUGAUGAUGAUAAAAGGCUGACGGACCUAGGAAGAAAGCAAGCAAACAUUACUGGCCAGCGUCUUAAAGACCUGGACUUUAAAUACACUAAAUUGGUUUGUUCUACCUUAAUACGAGCUGUGGAAACAGCUGAUAUCAUUGCUAAAUAUCUACCAGAGGUGCCAAGAGAAACAUGUGGCUUUUUACGAGAGGGGUCUCCAGUUCCCCCUGACCCUGCGUCAAAAAACUGGAGACCAGAUAAAACGCAGUUUUUCCAAGAUGGUCCUCGCAUCGAGGCUGCCUUCAGGAAACACAUCCACAGGGCAGAUGUUGAUCAAGUUGGAAACAGUGUUGAAAUUUAUGUGUGCCAUGCCAAUGUCAUCAGAUACUUUGUUUGCAGGGUUCUUCAGUUUCCACCUGAGGGUUGGCUUCGUAUGAGCAUAGGGCACUGUGGAAUAACUUGGGUGACUAUAAGGCCCAAUGGAAGGGUAAGCGUCAGAAGUAUGGGCGACACAGGACACCUACCUCCCAAUCAAUUGUCAUCAUAGACACAGGAUACUCAGGAAAGAUACCUUCUCCCUAAGGACUGUGCCACAGAUUUGUCCUUAAAACAGCAGCUAGGUGUUGUGUUAUUAGGAAGGAGUUAAAAUAAUUGUUAUAAAAGUAACCAAAGCUCCAAGUUCAUCUUUUUUCAAAGUCACUGAAUGGGGACCUAAAAAACAUAAAAUGUUUGCCAGUAAAAAAAUUUAGUUGCCUAGAAUGAAAUGAUAAUCAACAGCUAUAUAAUGACAAAGGACUUUUUGUGAAAUACUACAUGAUAUUCAUUUCAAGCCAUAGGGUCAAAGCAGUAAAAGCAUAACAUUGAGCCACAUAACUUCUGAGUGCUAGUUGCCAUAUUGACAACUUUCACAGUAAAUUUAGCUGCCAAUUGUUUUUAAUAAUUAUAACCAAA